UUAUUCAUCUUAUUUCAUUCAUCCCUUUUUCCUUACAAAAACCUCCACUUGCCAGUACUUGCUCACGCUCUCAUCUCCGGUUGCUAAUCUCGUCUAAUCCGUUCUCUCGCCACAACCUUUCACCAUGCCUUCCGCCACGGGAGAGAACUGGGAGAAGUACAAGAAGAACUUUGCCGAUGACGAAGAGCCCGAGAAGAAGAUCACUCCUCUUACAGAUGAGGACAUUGCAGUACUUAAGACCUACGGCGCGGCUCCGUACGCGAACGCAUUAAAAAAGCUAGAGAAGCAGAUCAAAGAACGGCAAGCGAGCGUGAAUGAGAAGAUUGGCGUCAAGGAAUCCGACACUGGUCUCGCACCACCACAUUUAUGGGACGUUGCUGCGGACAGGCAACGCAUGGCAGAGGAGCAGCCGCUGCAGGUUGCUCGUUGCACGAAGAUCAUCCAAGACGAGAAGGAUUCAGACAAGAGCAAAUAUGUGAUCAAUGUCAAGCAGAUUGCCAAAUUUGUGGUCAACCUGGGGGAGCGAGUGAGUCCUACCGAUAUUGAGGAGGACUUAUCCCACACUGACCGACUUAGUGUCGACCGGAACAAGUACCAGAUUAUGUUGCCGUUGCCGCCCAAGAUUGACCCUAGCGUUACGAUGAUGACUGUCGAAGAUAAGCCCGAUGUUACAUAUGGAGAUGUUGGAGGCUGCAAGGAGCAAAUCGAGAAACUACGAGAAGUCGUUGAGAUGCCAUUAUUGUCCCCCGAACGGUUCGUCAACCUAGGUAUUGAUCCGCCAAAGGGAGCUCUACUUUACGGACCCCCCGGUACUGGUAAAACUCUCUGCGCGCGAGCCGUCGCCAACCGAACCGACGCUACCUUCAUCCGUGUCAUCGGCAGCGAGUUGGUGCAGAAGUAUGUCGGCGAGGGUGCCCGAAUGGUCCGUGAGCUUUUCGAAAUGGCCCGAACAAAGAAAGCGUGCAUUAUCUUCUUCGACGAAAUUGAUGCUGUCGGUGGAGCCCGUUUCGACGACGGAGCAGGUGGUGACAAUGAAGUUCAGCGUACCAUGCUGGAACUCAUCACACAACUUGACGGAUUCGACGCCCGAGGUAACAUCAAAGUCAUGUUCGCUACCAACCGACCGUCAACCCUAGACCCGGCUCUGAUGCGUCCCGGGCGUAUUGACCGCAAGAUCGAGUUCUCCCUGCCCGAUGUAGAGGGCCGUGCCAACAUCCUCCGCAUUCACGCCAAGAGCAUGUCCGUGGAGCGCGAUAUUCGAUGGGAGCUUAUCUCUCGACUAUGCCCCAACGCGACAGGCGCAGAGCUCCGAAGCGUCGCGACAGAGGCCGGUAUGUUCGCCAUCCGUGCUCGACGGAAGGUCGCCACGGAGAAGGACUUUUUGGCCGCCGUGGAUAAGGUGAUCAAGGGCAACUUGAAAUUCAACUCGACGGCGACAUACAUGCAGUACAAUUAGACGUGCUACUGCUAUGGUUGCGUAUUGGGUUUAUGUUGCAUGGGGCUGUGUAUGAUCAUUUAGCUAGUACAGCCCACGAUGUUUCAACAUAUUAAUGCUCAACAGCAUACUUCUAU